CGGAUGAAAAACAAUUUCCUCCAUCGUGAGUAACUUAUUGGUACCCAGGACAUUGGACCCACUUUUAAUUGUUGUUUGCUACUUUUUAAUUACCAGGCGUUUUUAAAAUGAGUCAAUUCGAAAAUCGUGAGUUGAUGUAUAAGAAAUAUGAGAGAGAAGGUGUUGUUAGUCAAGAAUGGGUGGACAAGGUGGUUGAGUUUGUGGAGUACUGUGAGUCAAGUCCCAAUGUAGAUAGGUUGGAUAACAAGAAAAUGCGAUGUCCUUGCAAGAAAUGUAAGAACAUCAAGUUUUGCUCAUCAAAGAAUAUGCUGGAGCACAUUUUGCGGUUUAGAUUCACACCCAAUUAUUUUGAUUGGGUAUGUCACGGGGAGAAUCAUGGUGACUACGUACCUCCACAACGAUGUAAAGUCCCUCGUCAAGCUGAUGCCUCAGAUGUAUCACAGGUCCCGGGUAGAGAACAGUUUGUACACAUGAUUUAUGAUGCAGUCGGCCCGACUAGGAUCAACUCUGUUCUUGAAGAAGAGCCGAAUUCGACAAACAAGCAAUUCUUCGAAAUGUUGAAAGCUGCUGAUACAGAUCUUUGGCCGGGGAGUUCUAAGACGUCUCAGUUGUCUGCAGUUGCGCGCUUGUUGAAUAUUAAGUCAGAGCAUAAUCUAUCUGAGCGUUGUUACGACACCAUAUGUCAAUACAUCAAAGACAUUCUUCCGGAGGACAACUCAAUGGCUCAAUUCUUCGAACUGCGCGAGGAGGCUAGACAGAAAGGGCUGCAAGUCACCGACCAAGAAAUAUGGUACUCGCUAGUUGAUGGCCAUAACGCGAAGAACCGCGUUCCUGGAGUUGGUGGCUACGAGCGUGAAAUGAGGAAGAUGAACCCGUCCUCCAAACCUCGCCGUUCCAGCACGAGUAGUAGAAGCAUAACAGAGAUGGCAGCACUUAAAGAGAAAAACCAAAGGCUGCAGGAACAAAUUGAUAGUCUAACCUCGAACUUGUCGCUGACGAUUCAGGAGGAGAUAAGGAAGCUAUAUGGUGAUUUCAACAAUGCCAUUGACCUCCCAGAUUCCCACAACUGGCCAUUAUUCCAAUCCAUUACUAUUAACAACUCCUCACCACCACCACCACCACCUCCUCCUUCUCCUUCCGGCGGCGAAAAAUCGAUCCCCGUGGUUGAUCUUGACGACCCCAGAGCCACGAGCCACGUCGGGACGGCUUGUGAGAACUGGGGCGUGUUCCAAGUCACCAACCACGGCGUCCCCGCCGCGGUGCUUGACCGAAUCGAGCAGCAGGCGAGGCGGUUCUUCGCCUCGCCGCGGGAGAAGAAGCUCCGGGCUCUGAGGUCGCCGGAGGGCCCGUCGUCGUCCGGGUACGGGGUGGCCCCCAUAUCGCGGUUCUUUAGCAAGAUGAUGUGGUCGGAAGGAUUGACGAUCGCCGGGUCGCCGGUGGAACAUGCACGCCGCGUUUGGCCUCGAGAUUAUUCCACCUUCUGCACUGUUAUUGAUGACUACCAAGAAGAAAUGAAGGGCCUGGCAGAAAAGAUAUGCGCAUUGAUGUUCAAGUCAUUGGGCUUUGACAAAAGAGAUGCGGAAUGGUUUGAGCCCAAAAGGCUCACGCAGGCCAUAGUACAACUCAACUCGUACCCAAAAUGUCCGGACCCAACCCGUGCAAUGGGCCUGGCCCCUCACACAGACUCGUCGCUUAUCACCAUGCUGUACCACACCAACACCAGCAAAGGCCUCCAAGUCCAAGGGCCCGAUAUGAAUUGGGUGGACGUGGAGCCCAUUGCCAAUGCGAUCACAGUUCAUGUCGGGGACUUGAUGCAGAUGGUCUCCAAUGGACGGUUCAAAAGCGUGCUGCAUCGGGCCAUUGUGAGCAAGGCCCAUCAUCGGAUAUCGGUGGCCUACUUCUUCGGCCCAAGAAAGGACGUCAAAAUUUCAGCCCCACUUGGGCCGAUGAAGAGUGGUGACUUGGCCGUGUAUCAUCCAAUCUCGUGGAACGAGUACCUCAACAUCAAGUCUAUAUACUUCAACAAGGCCAUGGAGCAUGUUCUAGUUUGAUGGGAUAACCGUUUUUCUGGUUAUGUUUUUUUUCCUUCUGAGUUUGGAAUUCAGUUCUUUUUCACUGGACUAAUUCUGUAAGCCAAACAAGCCUAUGCGCUGCUACUACAAGUCAACAACAAACCCAGUAAAAUCCCACAAAAAAAGUGUUUUUUUGGAUUUCCAUAUCUUCGUACCGGUAACUUUACAUAG